CACCCAUCCCCCUUCCUCACCCCACCCCCCUCCGCCCAGGCCGGCACCCUCGCCCUCCUCCACCUCCGUCGCGACCACAUCCUCCCCCUCCACCUCUCUCCCUCCCCCACCGCCCUCGCCAACACCCGCUUCGGUAGCUUCCCGCACAGCACCCUCAUCGGUGUCCCCUGGGGCUCCCAGGUGCUCUCGUACAACGUGAAGAAUGCGCCGGGGGACCGGGGGUCGGGCGUGUCGCGGAAGCGGAAGCGAGGGGAGGGCGAGGGGAACCAAGCACAGGGUGCACAGGUCGCUGGAGAUGCGGAGAAUGGGGAUGGAGAGGGGGAGCAACGGGAGAAAAAGAUGGAGAUCAGCAUCGCGGGCACGGGGUUCGCGCAUCUGCUGCCGCCGACGCCGGAGCUGUGGACGCAGAGUUUGCCGCAUCGGACGCAGGUGGUGUAUACGCCGGACUACAGCUUCGUGUUGUCGCGGCUGCGCGUCCGGCCGGGGAGCACGAUCAUCGAAGCAGGGGCGGGGAGUGGGAGUUUCACGCAUGCGUCGGCGAGGGCGGUGUUCAAUGGGUAUGAAAAUGGGAGAAAAGAGGAGGGGUCUACGGGGGAAGAUAGGAGAGGGAAGGGGAGGAAAGGGAGGGUGUUUAGCUUUGAGUUUCACGAGCCGCGGAAGGAGAAGUUGCAGGAGGAGAUUGAUGCGCAUGGGUUAGGUGGCCUCGUCACGCUUACGCAUCGCGAUGUGUGCGAAGAAGGGUUCUGCUUGGGGACAGCUACGGAUCCGACGACCUCGAACAACAAUCUCGACACCGCUCCGAACGCCGACGCCAUCUUCCUCGACCUCCCCGCCCCCUGGCUCGCGCUCAAACACCUCUCCCGCCGGCACCCCACUCCCCUCAACCCCACCCAAAGCGUGCGCCUCUGCACCUUCUCCCCCUGCAUGGAGCAGGUAACCAAGACGAUCAAUACGCUGCGCGAGCUCGGUUGGGUGGAGAUCACGAUGGUGGAAGUGAUGCACAAGCGGCUCGACGUGCGGCGGGAGCGGGUGGGGGUGGCGGAGGAGAACCUCCGCGGGGGCAUUGGAGUGCCGAAGGACGUGAGUGAGGCGGUGCGGCGGCUGCGGGAGGUGACGCGGGAGCGGGAGGAGGCGCAGGCGAAGCAGAUUGCGAACAGUCGACGGAGGCGGGAGGGUGGUGGGGGAGGAGAGGGGAAGGGGAGGAAGGGGAAGGGAGGAGGGGAGGAGCAUAUGACGUCGCGGAUGCAUCGGAGGGAGAAGAUGUUGCGGGAGGCGGAGAGUCGGAAGUUGUAUCGGGAGGGGAGGUUGGUGCAUCGGACGGAGCCGGAUUGGAAGACCCAUACGAGUUAUUUGGUGUUUGCGGUGCUGCCGAGGGAGUGGACGGUAGAGGAUGAGGAGAGGUAUUUGGUGAAGUGG